CCGUCAGUUUGUCAGUGCCGGAGCGCCAGAGCGGCGCCGUGCACUCAUAUCGGUACACCCGGACCGGCCCGCUACUUACCGUUCUAUCUGUGAUACAAACUCCAUACCUGACUUUAAAAAAUUGUCGUACUUAUUAUUAUAUAAACAUAUUUUAAAUAAUGAAUGGAACUUCGAUUUCAUUAAAAUAGUGAAGUAAGACGUGUUCUGGGCGACGUUACAGUGUGGUCAGUUUUCGUGGAAUCGUAUAAAAGCUAUUAAAUUUCCAUCUCAUUUUGUAAUACUAAUCCGCAUACAAGUGAUUUAUUUACAAAAUAAAAAAAUACCUACAUUUACAAAAAUCUCGGAUAUUAAUAAAAAUAAUGUGUAUAGUUUGUGAAUUUGUUGUAUACAACAUUCAAUGUACUUAGUACGUGGUACUUAUUUUGCUUAAGGUCAACUGGUGAAAUUAAAAAACCCUAAAAAUAGAAACUGUGUUUUAAAAAAAUACAUACAAAAUGGAUUCAAAAGUAGUGCUGAAAGAGAAAAAUCCUCAUGAUAACGCCAAUAUUUUAUCAAAAAUAUUUUUGUGGUGGAGCUUUCGACUUUUCAAAAGGGGUUACAAAUGUGGAUUGACAUUAGAUGAUCUAUGGCAAGCUCGUAGAGGGGAUUACUCCGGCCGGUUAGGCGAUCGGCUCGAGGAAGCAUGGAACAAAGAAAUGGAAAAACAUCACACGAAAAAAAGCAAACCUUCUCUUACCAGAGCAAUUAUAAGUUGCUUCUGGGCGGAAUACAUGAUGUGUGGAUUAUUCGUAGGUCUGCUUUUUAUCAUUUUAUGGCCGAUGGUACCUUAUUGUCUAGCUUUAUUUAUAGAAUACUUUUCUGGAGAUAAAACACCAGAGGCAUAUAGGAAUGCACAUAUUUAUAAUUUCGCAAUGAAUUUUUUGACGAUAAUUACCGCUUUGAUGCUGAACCACCUAACUUUAGCUCAAGGCUGUAUCGGGAUGCGAGUGAGAAUAGCUGCUUGUUCAAUGUUAUAUAGAAAGAUAUUGAAGCUAAACCGGAUCGGCUUAAGCAAAACGGAGCCGGGACAAGUAAUAAAUUUAAUGUCGAACGAUGUUAACCGUUUCGAUAUAGCCGCUUUAUUUUUGAACUACCUUUGGGUUAUGCCAAUAGUAGUACCAGUUGUUUCUUACCUGGUCUGGCAGCAUAUCGGCUUUGCUACAUUGGCUGCGCUGGCGGUCAUAUUCCUGCAAACUGUAGUUGUUCAAGCAUAUUUAUCUAGUCGCCAAGGUGUUUUAAGAGGGAAGAUAGCGAAACGUACGGACGAAAGGGUUAAAGUCAUGAGUGAACUUGUAAAUGGGGUGCAAGUGAUAAAAAUGUACGCAUGGGAAAAACCAUUCGAGAAACUUGUAGAUAAAUUGCGCAAAUACGAAGUAAAAUUCAUAUUAAGGACGUCUUAUAUCAAGGGCUUUUCGACAGCCCUCAGCGUGUUCACGGAGCGGUUCAUUCUGUUCGCAGCAGUUGUUGCCUUUGUGGUUGCAGGGGGUGAAAUACGUGCUGGCAUCACGUUUUCCCUAGUUCAAUACUAUAAUUUGUUACAACUGGCUUGUAACAUAUUUUUCCCUAUGGCACUGGCAUUCCUAGCUGAAUCUAAAGUGUCCAUAAGACGACUUGAGGAAUUUUUAACUCUUGAAGAAUUGGAAACGGAUGAACCCAAAACGAACGGAAUAGUUGCUAAUAUUCUAGGCAAUGGAAUAGAUAAAGAAAAAGAGAACGCGAAUAAUAAAUUGAAACCUACGGGCUUAGUUAUAUCGAAUGUGAACGCGAGCUGGCAACUCAACCCCAUCGUACACACGCUGAGGAAUAUUUCGCUAACAGCACAGCCCGGCGAGUUCGUUGGUGUCGCCGGUUUAGUUGGAUCAGGCAAAUCGUCCCUUCUACAAGUGAUCUUGGGAGAGCUGCAGCCGGCACAUGGCACCGUAUCUCUCGGCGGAGCGCGGCUGGCGUACGCGAGCCAAGAACCGUGGCUCUUCGUGUCUACCAUUAGACAAAACAUACUGUUCGGAUUGCCGUACGACCGGAUGAGAUAUAAGAAGGUGGUGACGGCGUGUGCUUUAAUACGGGAUUUCGAACAAUUACCGUCUGGUGACGCGACGCUGGUCGGAGAACGCGGAAUUAGUCUUAGCGGAGGACAGCGUGCGCGCAUCGGACUCGCUCGAGCAUGUUAUAGAAAUGCAGACAUUUAUCUCCUGGAUGAUCCGCUAUCAGCUGUCGACACGCACGUAGGCAAACACUUAGUGUCUGAAUGCAUCUUGGGACUACUGCGGCACUCUACAAGAAUUCUUGUUACCCACCAGUUGCAUCACCUCAAGGCUGCCGACAAGGUUAUAAUACUGCGAAAUGGUGAAAUAGAAACUCAAGCCAGUUUUGAAGAAGUGUCAAAGAGCCCAUUGUUCGAAGAACUGCUUGAAGAUGAAGAUCAACCUGCAACGCUCGAGGAAGGCCGCGUACAAGUGCGACAACGAAGCAUUUCAGUCCAAUCUCGGACAAGUCUCAUCACGACAACGGAAGGCUCGCCGGAUGAGGAAGAGGAACAGCAGGAAAGCGCCGAAUUAAUAGAACAAGGUCGAGUAUCAGGAUCGGUAUACACGAAGUACUUCCGAGCGGGCGGCAACUGGUCCCUGCUAAUUUCUACAAUCAUAUCAAUUCUUCUAGCCCAAAUUAUCACUUCAGCUGGCGAUCUUUGGCUCACACAUUGGAUGAAUGAUGUUGAAUUGAGACGCGCAAAAUAUGAUCUCAUGGAAGACAUUGCUAGCGGAGAUUCGAACUCCACGAGCAAUAGUUCAUUAAGUUACGACGAUAUUCUCGAAACAAAUGUUACUUCACCUCUGGAUAACUUGGUGUCCACGAGCACAAUGAAUCCGAACCUUACAGUUAUCGGUACUAUGAUGAAAACGGCAAUAACUAUACAAAAUAUUGCAUUAAACGAGGAACCCUUUGAUCACUCAUUCUAUAUUUAUAUUUGGGCGAUCGCUAUUUUGGGAUGCAUCAUUCUGACGACUGGAAGAUCUUUGCUGUUCCUCUGGGUAUGCAUGCGCAGUUCAAUUAAACUUCACAAUCAGAUGUUCAGUAACAUCUUAUCGGCGACGAUGCGCUUCUUCGACACCAAUCCUUCAGGACGUAUUCUUAAUCGGUUCUCUAAGGAUAUGGGAGUAGUUGAUGAGAUGCUACCUAAAAUGUACUUAGAUAGUAUACAGGUGUUCAUGGUGAUGUUCGGUAUACUAGUGAUGGUUGCCAUUGUUAAUCCUUAUAUGCUGCUCACGACACUCUUCUGUGGCAUAAUCAUGUAUCUGUGGACUAUAAUUUACCUGACCACAGCACAAGCCAUUAAAAGGAUCGAGGGCGUGUCGCGCAGUCCGGUGUUCUCGCACGUGUCGGCCACCAUGGCGGGGCUGGGCACGGUGCGCGCGUGCGGGGCGCAGGACCUGCUACGCGCGCAGUUCGACGACAAGCAGGAUGUACACACCGCUGCCUGGUACUUAACCCUCAUAACUAACACAGCGUUCUCGAUAUGGUUGAGUCUUAUCUCGGCAAUGUAUGUUGUGAUAGUCGCCUACACGUUCUUAUUACUAGAUGACGGUUCGACCAAAUCCGGUAACGUAGGCCUCGCUAUCAGCCAAGGACUCAUAUUGGUAAACAUGGUGCAGUAUGGCAUAAAACAGACCACUGAAGUGAUAUCUCAGAUGACGAGUGUGGAGCGAGUCUUACAGUUUACGAAGCUGCCUCAAGAGCAAACAGAUGGUCCUUCGCCGCCGAAGGAGUGGCCUCAACGCGCUCGUCUCGUGUUCAAAGACCUCUAUCUUAGAUACGACAAGGAAGCGGAACCAGUACUUAAGAAUUUGAAUAUAGUUAUUGAAAGUGGAUGGAAGGUGGGUGUCGUCGGUCGAACUGGCGCGGGAAAAUCGUCAUUAAUAUCAGCUCUCUUCCGUUUAGCGCCGAUAGACGGGCAUGUUUACAUCGACGAUAUCGACACCGGCGAAAUAGCUCUCAAGGAACUUCGAGCAAAGAUUUCCAUUAUUCCUCAAGAACCAGUGCUGUUUUCAGCAAGUCUGCGAUAUAAUUUGGAUCCAUUCGACAAAUAUACUGACGCUGAUAUUUGGAAAGCUUUGGAACAGGUGGAGCUGAAGCAGAGCGUCACGUCACUGUCGUCGGAGGUGGAGGCAGGCGGCGCCAACUUCAGCGCGGGCCAACGACAGCUGCUGUGCCUCGCGCGCGCCGCGCUCGCGCGCAACCGCCUGCUCGUGCUGGAUGAAGCCACGGCCAAUGUCGACCCUAACACGGACGCUCUAAUUCAAAAAUCGAUACGUAAACACUUCUCCGAAUGCACAGUGGUGACGGUAGCGCAUCGCUUACAUACCGUCGCGGAUUCGGAUCGUGUUGUUGUAAUGGAGGCAGGUCAAAUAGUAGAGUGUGGUCACCCUCACGAGUUACUUCAAAAAAAAGAUGGUCACUUUUUGCGCAUGGUCAGACAGUUAGGUGCAGCCUCUGAACAGAGCCUACGCGAUUUGGCCCAUAAUGCUUAUCUACAACAUAUAAAAUAUGUCGACGCUGACGACCAUCCCCUGUGACUAAAUAUAUUAUAAAGUACUUAAGCAUUAAGAUUUCUGCUUAAUCUUAAGCUAGCAACAAUGUGAUUCAAUUGAGCUGAGAAAUUUGUAUUUUACAAUUUAUUUCUGAUUGUGCCUUUAAAAAUAUUUUAUAAUUACAGACGUAGAUAUUGUUAAAAACAUUUAUAUUGUGCGGAAACAAUAUUUUUCUAGAAAAUAAAAUGCAAGCUGUGCUAAAUUACACAGACGUAAAUAACAAAUAUAUAUCCUAUAUUUUAUUAAACAGUAAAUAUAUAAAAAAUAGUGAUAUUUUGCAAAUUGUUUAUAUGCAUUUGUGUAAUUAAAAUUAGCUUCUCUAUUAAUCUAGUACAUGUAAAUCACUAUUUUUGUAUAUUUAUUCAUACUACUUAACUUAGAUAAAUUUAACAUUAAAAAUUUAGUAAGUUAUUAAUACUAAAUACAUGAAUGUGUAAAAUGGACCAAAUAUAAUUUUGUAUUAUUUAAUUUGUCACAAAAUAUAUAGUACUUAAAAACUUACAAAUAUUACUUAAACAAAAACAGCUGUUGUAUAUAUUUACAAUUACUAUUUACCUAUUUUUUAUUACUUACAUUAAAACAUACAACAUGCAUUUACAUCUAUAAAAGUGAUUAUUAUAUAUAUUAAACAUUCAGUUCCCUAGCAUUAAAUUAGGCCAGAAAUAUAGCCUUGAAACCAGGAAAGAUUUCUUGAAGCUGGAUUUUACACUUAAUAAUUUUCUGCUGCUGCAAUAAUAUAUUGGCAUGCUUCAUUUAAGACCAGAAAAGUAUGUUUUUUUCAUGGACAGUCAAAUAUAUACAGCUAGAGUUGGCCAUCCAUCUAACAACCAUAGGUACGGAUUUCGAUUGUAUUAAAAAACUGAUUAAAAGUUCCUAAACAAACAGUUGAUGUUUAUGUGAAGGAUUUAAUAAAUAGACAUUUGUUAUUGUCCCAAUAUUUAUGAAUAAGAAUUUUUUUUUUAAUAUUUACUCCACAAAUAUUUUAUUUACAUAUUGUGAAAGUGUGAUUAUGUUUCAGUAAAUGUCUAUGACAAUAAGUAUAUUGUUUUAAUAAAAAAAAUAUUUUUA